UCGGUCUCCCACUCUCCUCCUCUUCCCCCUCCUCCUCCUCGCCUUCUCCGCCCCUCUCGCGGCCACUUCUUCCCACGCCAAGCCCAGCCCCAGCGGGCUGGCGCGACGCAACGCGGGCAGCGGUUGCGCGAGCGCGACCAUUUCCGCGUCGUCGACGUCUCCACCUAACCUAACGCCCACACCUAAUCGCCCCAUCGAUCGAAGGGAUUUUUUUUUUCCGAGUGAGGGAGGAGGGGGUUCCGUGGUUCUUGGCCAUGGCCGCUUCGGCCUCGUCACCGGUGGAUUUCCUGCUCCGGCACCCGCCGCCCCGGCGGCGGAGGCCACCGCUGGCCGGCGCGUUCUUCGCGCCCACGGGGCUCGCGGGCGCGCCGCUGCUCCGUGCGCUGGCGUCGCUCGCGGCGUCCAUGUUGGGUGCCCCGCGGCCGCUGUCGCAGCGGAGGAACCUCGACGCGUUCAUGCGGAGGCUCGCGCUGCUCUCCGCGCUCCUUGACUCGCUCCUCCUCCUCGACGAGGGCGAGGCCGCCUUCUCCGACUCCGCCAACAUCUGCUUCCGCGAACUCUACGUCGUGCUCUUCCGCGCCGACCUGCUCGUCUCCUACGUCGCCUCCGCCGGCUGCGCUUGGGCGGUUCUACGGGGGCCCCACCUCGCCGCCUCCUUCCGUGACCUCGACGCCGAGCUCGCCGUCGUCCUCGACGUCCUCCCCGCCGCCUCGCUCCGCCUCUCUAGGGACGCGGUCGAGCACCUCGACCUCCUUCGCGCCCGCUGCCGCCGACGCGCGCCCGGUCAAUACCACGACCACGCCGAGGCUGCUCUCCGCGACCGUCUCCUGGCCGCCCUCCGCCAAUUCGAGCUCGGCCAGCCGUCCGACCCCUCCAAGUUCCAAUCCCUCCUCGCCCACAUCGGCAUCUCGGACGCCGCUUCUUGCCGCGCCGAAAUCGAGUACCUGGAGGAACAAAUCUUGAGCCAAGAAGAGGACACGGACCUCCCCCUCGUCGGCGGCAUCGUUGCUUUGCUCCGGUACUGCCUCUUCUCCCUGUUCGACCCCGGCAACACAAAGGCGCCGCGUGUUUGGCCGUCGGCGGGCAACAGGCAGCGGCUGCUCUCGUGGAGCUGCAGCGACGACACCUCCUUCUCUGCGCCCAAGGAGUUCUCGUGCCCGAUUUCUUUGGAUUUGAUGUGCGACCCUGUGGUGGUGUCCACCGGGCAGACGUAUGACCGGCCGUCGAUCAUACAGUGGAUCGAGGAGGGACAUUCCACCUGCCCCAGCUCUGGGCAGGCCCUCGCCGACAACCAGCUCAUGCCGAACCACGCACUCCGCAGCUUGAUUUCGCAGUGGUGCAGGGUGCACGGCUUCCAGUAUGAUUCGCCGGAGAACAACGUGGGGAUGAUGGAAUGCGUUGCUGCAUCGUCCAGCAGCAUGGCAGCAAUUGAGGCGAAUAAAGCCACAGCAAGGAUUUUGGUUAGGAUGCUGGAGGAGGGGUCGGAUAGCACAAAGCUGGUCGCUGCUAGGGAAAUCCGGUUGCUGGCAAAGUCUGGGAAGCAAAACCGGGCAUUCAUCGCUGAGUUGGGUGCAAUCCCAUUGCUCUGUAAGUUGCUGUUGUCGUCGGAUUGGAUGGAGCAGGAGAAUGCAGUGACGGCUCUUCUCAAUCUAUCGAUCUAUGAGCCAAACAAGACACAAAUUAUAGAACAAGAUGGUUGCUUGCGGCUUAUCGUCAGUGUGUUGAAGAAUGGGUGGACUACAGAGGCCAAGGAGAAUGCUGCAGCAACACUCUUCAGUUUAUCCGUGGUCCAUGAUUACAAGAAGAUGAUUAUGAAUGAGCCAGGGGCUGUGGAGGAGCUGGCCUGUAUGCUGACCAAAGGGACGCCAAGGGGGAAGAAGGAUGCAGUGAUGGCGCUUUUCAACCUCUCAACUCAUCCAGAAAGCUCCAGUCGGAUGCUUGAGUCAUGUGCAGCACUGGCUUUAAUUGAGUCACUGAGGAAUGACACUGUGUCGGAGGAAGCUGCUGGCGCUCUGGCUCUGCUGAUGAAGCAGCCUUCCAUCGUGCAUCUUGUUGGGAGCUCUGAAACUGUGAUCACUAGCCUUGUUGGGUUGAUGAGGCGGGGAACUCCAAAGGGCAAGGAGAAUGCAGUGUCAGCUUUAUACGAGAUAUGCCGUCGAGGUGGGUCAACGUUGGCACAGCGAGUGGCAAUGAUACCAGGGUUGAACACGGUAAUACAGAACAUAACACUCACUGGAACAAAGCGUGCCAGGAAGAAAGCGAGUUUGAUCGUCAAGAUAUGUCAGAGGAGCCAAAUGCCAUCAGCAAUGACACUAGGGAGUUCCUUGACAGUGGUUGAUCGUCCAUUGGUAGGGAACAACACAUUGAGACGCGCUGCGAGCUUUGGCAGUGGGGAGUUGUCGAACCCCAUGUCAAUUUCAGUGCCUGUGCCCUAGGUGGAAAAGGUUUCCAUUUCGGAUCCCACAUAUUUGUUACAUUUGGUGAGUUUUGUCCCCAAAAUUCUUUCAUUUCAUGCUCAAACGAAGGUAUACAAAUUUAAUCCAAAGGAAUCAAUACUUUUAAUGUCA